CCUAACAAUUUAUAUUUCCACCGAUUGGAUCGACGAGUAUUUUUUUUUUUCUCUCCUCCUCCUCCUCUGCAACACUCUGAAUCCCCAAUUUCCCGCAUUUGAUUAUUUGUUUAAUCGUCUACUCAACUUAGAACCAGAUUGCUGCUUCUAUGGGGAGAAGAAAGCAAGAUGAGGCUGGUGCAACCACUAAAGUCAAAGCAACUAGCAAAGAUGCUUCAAAAGAUGGGAAGAAAGAGAAACUUUCAGUCUCAGCCAUGCUUGCUAGCAUGGACCAGAAAUCUGAUAAACCCAAGAAAGGACCAUCUUCUUCUUCAACUGCAUCCGGUAAAUCCAAGUUGAAGGCUGUUUCAAAAGGUCCAUCUUAUACGGACAGCAUUGAUCUUCCUCCCUCUGAUGAUGAGGAAGAUGAUUAUGCAUCUGAUGAAGAACAGCAGCAGACUGACAUGAAAAAACAACUCAUACGACAGCAAAGGAAUGAGCAAAAGCCCUUGGAAAUCUCAAUAUCAGAGAAAGAACUGAAGAAACGUGAAAAGAAGGACAUGCUCGCUACCUAUGCUGCAGAGCAGGCCAAGCAAGAGGCCCUUAGGGAUGAUCAUGAUGCUUUCACUGUUGUUAUUGGUAGCAGGGCCUCAGUACUGGAUGGUGAGGAAGAUGCUGAUGCCAAUGUAAGAGACAUAACAAUUGAUAACUUUUCUGUCUCAGCUCGAGGAAAAGAACUUUUAAAAAAUGCAUCAGUUAAGAUAUCUCAUGGGAAGAGAUAUGGUUUGGUUGGACCAAAUGGAAUGGGCAAAUCUACAUUGUUGAAGCUUCUAGCAUGGAGGAAGAUUCCAGUACCUAAAAACAUUGAUGUCCUUUUAGUUGAGCAGGAGGUGGUUGGUGAUGACAGAACAGCUCUUCAAGCAGUUGUGUCUGCUAAUGAAGAGCUAGUCAAGCUCCGGCAAGAAGUUGCAGCACUGCAGAAUUCUUCUGCCAAUGGCAAUGAGGAUGAUGAUGCUAAUGGGGACGAUGCAGGAGAGAAGCUUGCUGAAUUGUAUGAGAAGUUGCAGAUCUUGGGGUCUGAUGCAGCUGAGUCUCAGGCAUCAAAGAUUCUUGCUGGAUUAGGUUUCACUAAGCAAAUGCAGGCCUCUCCUACCAGGUCGUUUAGUGGUGGGUGGAGGAUGAGAAUAUCAUUAGCCAGGGCCCUUUUUGUUCAGCCAACUCUUUUGUUACUGGAUGAGCCCACCAACCAUCUUGAUCUCAGGGCCGUUCUCUGGCUUGAGGAAUAUUUAUGCCGGUGGAAGAAAACUCUGGUGGUUGUUUCUCAUGAUCGAGAUUUUCUCAACACGGUCUGCACUGAAAUAAUUCAUCUCCAUGACCAGAAGCUCCAUUUUUACCGUGGGAAUUUUGAUGAUUUUGAGAGUGGAUAUGAGCAGCGCCGCAAAGAGAUGAACAAGAAAUUUGAAAUUUAUGAGAAGCAGGUUAAAGCUGCCAAGAGGUCAGGAAAUCGUGUUCAGCAGGAAAAGGUAAAAGAUCGAGCGAAAUUUGCUGCAGCCAAGGAAGCAUCCAAGAAUAAGGCAAAAGGAAAGGUUGUUGAUGAUGAGCCCCUGGAAGUGGUCCCAAAGAAGUGGAGAGACUACAGUGUGGAGUUCCACUUCCCAGAACCAACAGAGCUUACGCCUCCACUUUUGCAACUAAUUGAAGUCAGUUUUAGUUAUCCAAAUCGGGAGGAUUUCAAGCUUUCAAACGUUGAUGUUGGGAUUGAUAUGGGUACUCGUGUUGCGAUUGUUGGUCCUAAUGGAGCUGGAAAAUCUACCCUUUUGAAUCUUCUUGCUGGUGAUUUGGUUCCAACAGAGGGUGAAGUGCGAAGAAGCCAGAAGUUGAGGAUUGGGAGGUAUUCACAGCAUUUUGUGGACUUACUGACGAUGGAUGAGACACCAGUUCAGUAUCUUCUGCGCCUUCAUCCUGAUCAAGAGGGACUUAGCAAGCAGGAGGCUGUUCGGGCAAAGUUAGGGAAGUUUGGACUUCCAAGCCACAAUCAUCUAACUCCUAUUGCAAAAUUAUCUGGAGGGCAGAAGGCCCGAGUUGUAUUUACUUCAAUUUCCAUGUCCAAACCACACAUAUUGUUACUGGAUGAGCCCACAAAUCAUUUAGAUAUGCAGAGCAUUGAUGCAUUAGCUGAUGCUUUGGAUGAGUUUACUGGUGGAGUCGUGCUGGUCAGUCAUGAUUCUAGGCUGAUAUCGCGUGUAUGCGAGGAUGAAGAAAAAAGUGAAAUUUGGGUGGUAGAGAAAGGGACCGUGGAGUCUUUUCCAGGAACAUUUGAAGAGUACAAGGAAGAGCUACAAAGAGAAAUCAGAGCUGAGGUUGAUGAGUGAUUCGGCCAUCAUAGCUAAUGUGUUUUUUUCUUUUUUUCCUGAAUGCCAUGAUAGAAUUUCCACAAUUUUGGCGUACCUGUUUCAGUUCUGAGUGUAAACUAUUGUGCCGAUGUGGCAACAAAAUAUUUUGCUUAUUAAAGCAUUUCACUUUCAUAUUUUAUAAUUCUUAUGUUGCUUCACAAUUUAAGCAUGUUGGUUGUUGAAAAAAGAGCUUUCAUAUUCA